ACCUACGGAAUAGUAACUAUUACACUACUGUUCCCCACAAACUCAAAAGUUAAACGAGUUCAUUAUUGUUAUCCAGUCAUCAUUUACGUCGCCUGCCAUUAGUUUUCAGUAAUGUCUUACAUGUGGUUAUUUGGUGCGUCUUCCAUUACAUCAAUUCUUUGCGAAUUCACCUUGGUUCUCGGUAUUGUCGAGCUGUUUGUUAAACUGGCUCAACAUAUACAGCAUUUCAUUCUCUCCUUCAAAUCUUCUUCAACAGUUUUGCAACCUCAGGCAUUCCAAGAAGGCAACACAACUGUUCAAAGCACCGCCAAUUUCCUCGCAGAUGAAGAACUCAGUUCUGUUUUUGAGUUUGAUGAUAAUCACAAAAAUGCACUUUCUUAUUUGAUUGAAUGUGCUGAUGCAGACAGACGCGUCUGGGAAAAAGAUACUGUAUUUACUGUGUCUAAACUUGUUUCCCAUUGUUAUUUAAGCUCGUUUUUCGAUUCUGUGACAACGCAGUUUAUUUGGCAAAAGCUUGGAGACUAUCUGUAUUACCAAUACAAUACGAUGUCCGGUUAUGAAGGCAUUGCUGAAUUUGCCGACAGCAAAAUUGGCCUUCCUAUACUUUACAUGAUUGAUCCAUCGGACAUUACUAGCGUUGUUGCUAAUCAUGGAUUUACUGUACAUGUUGGCGCACAUUAUUACCAACUUAAAUUAUCAUCGGAAGAAUUAACGGUGAAAAGCUACAGACCUAGAUUGCCCUUUAUGGAAGAAGAAAUUGACAUUCAAGAGGCGGCAGCGAAUUGGCUUAAAGUGAUAUAUGACACGAAGUCAAUCCGAAAUUCGGACGAACUUAUCCCAUAUUUCCUACAGAAAGGACUUAUGGACACCGAAACUGCAGCAAACACACUAAACGCAUACAAUGACUUUCAGACUGUUCAGAUCCGCCUUGUUGAACCUCAGUCUAUUGAAGUCCAAAAGAAGUUUGAGGAGGAAUGGUCACUGAAGCCAGAGAUUGAGAAUGUUGCUCUAAGCGAGGAACACAUUUUUAAAAGCAAUAGCUUCAUGAACGUCCCUUUUCCAAGCCCGUGGGACAGUGCGACCAUGAACACAUUUUCAAACGAAAAUGCAAAUACCGUAUCCUUCGAUCAAAAUAUGCGGAACAACCCCGUGAACAACGAGCGUGAUAUUGAUCCAAGCGCUCCCGAUGCAUACACUGAUUUACGCGCACAAAAUCGUCCUCAAAACUACGGUCGUCAUGGUCGGAAAUCCAUACUUGGAGAAAACGCGCAAAUCAUAAACAUUAUGUUCUAACUGACAAGAAACAGAAUACCACGCAUCGCAGAGAAGACAAGAUCUCUACGUUUAUAACACUGGUCACAUUCUCAAUUAUUCACCACGGCAUUUUUAUCACUAGCGCAAUUCAAGCACUGAGGCAACCAUAAGCAGGUAGUAUUAGCACAUCAGUAUUCUUCGCAACAACAAUACAUUAGGUUUAAAAGUAUA